GGAAUGACUGCUGUCUCUUAUCAAGUGCGCUUCUUCCUGCACUUGAAGUGGAUGUGUGACGAUAACACUCACUGUCAAGUGCUCGACUUCAGUCCUGUCAGAGGAACAGGACACGAUGGGCUGCACUUCCAGCACUCAGACCACAGCUCAAGACACAACAAGACCCAAACACGAUGGAUGCGCAGCAGGAACGAGUAAUGAAAAUGGCGGCCCUGCAGGAGACACUGAGACAAUCCUAGACCUAAAUGAAGAAGUCCAAUGCUCUGCUGCUGCUUCAGCUCACACCGAACCUGAAGCAGCUGUUGCAGAGUCCAACCCCGACCAGCCUGAAUCCAACCCGUCUGCCACAGCUGAAAAUACUGAAGAUCCAGCACCCAGUGAAAACGCAACUGUAGAUCAAGCAGAAUCCUCUCCUCCAGAGGAAACACCAGCCUCUGGUCAAGAUGGUUAAAUGUGCAUUAACUGGCAUGGCUACUACAGGAUCCAAAUUUUACCACCUGUUUUUGGAUUUCAUGUGAAUGGUUUAAAUAUAAAAUUGA